AUGGCCUUCCUGGACCCCAGGACACCUGCCCCCAGGCCGUCGCCAGGCAGGAGGAGAGCCAUGUGCUGGCUCAGCGCCACCAGCUUCAUGGCGGCCGAAGAGAUGCACUGGCCUGUCCCCAUGAAGGCCAUUGGUGCGCAGAACUUGCUCACCAUGCCUGGGGGUGUGGCCAAGGCCGGCUACUUGCACAAGAAGGGCGGUACCCAGCUGCAGCUGCUCAAAUGGCCUCUGCGCUUUGUGGUCAUCCACAAACGUUGCAUCUACUACUUCAAGAGCAGCACAUCCGCCUCCCCGCAGGGCGCCUUCUCACUGAGCGGCUACAACCGGGUGAUGCGGGCGGCUGAGGAGACGACGUCUAACAACGUCUUCCCCUUCAAGAUCAUCCACAUCAGCAAGAAGCACCGCACGUGGUUCUUCUCUGCCUCCUCGGAGGACGAACGCAAGAGCUGGAUGGCCUUGCUGCGCAAGGAGAUCGGCCACUUCCAGGAGAAGAAGGAGCUGCCUCUGGACGCCAGCGACUCCAGCUCGGACACCGAUAGCUUCUACGGCGCCAUCGAGCGGCCGGUGGACAUCAGCCUGUCUCCGCACCCCACGGACAGCGAAGACUACGAGCAUGAUGACGAGGACGACUCGUACUUGGAGCCCGACUCCCCCGACCCCGGGAGGCCUGCGGACGCCCUGAUCCACCCACCGGCCUACCCCCCGCCCCCUGUGCCCACGCCCAGGAAGCCAGUCUUCUCUGAGGUGCCCCGCGCCCACUCCUUCACCUCCAAGGGUCCAGGCCCCUUGCUGCCACCCCCGCCCCCCAAGCGUGGCCUCCCCGACGCCGGCCCGGCCCCCGAGGACUCCAGGCGGGAGCCUCUGGCCCUUCGGCGGGUGGAGCCCAGCCCCAGGGUGCCCACCGUCUCCCGGAGGAUGAGCGACCCCCCACUGAACGUCCUGCCCCCCGGGCCCGGUCUCCGGAAAGCCCCUUGCUUCCCUGAGAACAGCAGCCCCAGCCUGGAGCCCAGGAUCCCCAUGCACGGGGUCAGCCCCACCAGCACAGCCGUGGCUGCCUCCCAGAACUGUGACAAGCUCAAGUCCUUUCACCUGUCCCCCCGGGGGCCACCCGCCCCUGAGCCCCCACCCGUGCCGGCCAACAAGCCCAAGUUCCUGAAGAUGGUGGAAGAGGGCCCCCCGAGGGAAGCAGCCAGGCCUGGACCCUGUGUGCCCCCCGUGGCCCCCCGGCCGCCUCCGCUGAAGCUGCCCGUGCCUGAGGCUGCAGACCGGCCCCCCGUCCUGCCCCGGCCAGAGAAGCCAGCGCUCCCGCACCUCCAGCGAUCACCCCCUGACGGGCAGAGUUUCAGGAGCUUCUCCUUUGAAAAACCCCGGAAAGCCGUGCAGACUGACACAUCGCAGGCGGACGCUGGCGGGGAGGACUCCGAUGAUGACUAUGAGAAGGUGCCACUGCCCAGCUCAGUCUUCAUCAACACCACCGAGUCCUGCGAGGUGGAAAGGCUCUUCAAGACCACGAGCCCCCGGGGGGCACCCCAGGAUGGUCUCUACUGCAUCCGGAACUCCUCCACCAAGUCAGGGAAGGUUCUGGUCGUGUGGGAUGAGACCUCCAGCAAAGUGAGGAACUACCGCAUCUUUGAGAAGGACUCGAAGUUCUACCUGGAGGGUGAGGUCCUGUUUGUGAGCGUGGGCAGCCUGGUGGAACACUACCACACCCACGUGCUGCCCGGCCACCAGAGCCUGCUGCUGCAGCACCCGUACGGCUAUGCCAGGCCCAGGUGA